AUGACCUCCAAGCUAACACCCUCGCUGGGCCCUCACGAUCCCCCGCCUGCAUACUCGGUCGCGCCGAAUGGGCCUCAUCAACAAGUCGAUCACCUCGUAGGGGUCAGUGGCUCUGGCGGGAACGGCAGCCCGCCGCUACCAGCUCCAACCCCCUUCCUCUACGACCCGUCCCGCCCAUACACCCACUCCCCAUAUCCGCAGGGCCCGCAAGGGCAGCCGUGGACGCAAUCUACGGAUCCCAGGCCGGCUCUCGGCGCAGGGCACUCGAGCUGGGGCCCCACGCCAAUCGCCCAGCAGGCGGCGCUGCUGCCGUACUACGACCCGCGGUCGCCGCACGCGGUCGCGGCGGCGGCGACCCGGGCGCGCUGGCGGUUUGUGAGCGCCGCGCUGUGGGCGGUGUUGAUCCUGAGCGUGAUCAAGCCUCUGCUCGUCGCCAGCCACAGCGAGCGCACCUCCCUCCACGCCGGCCGCAUUGUCCUCAGCGCCGUCUUAUCUAUUGCUCGCCUGCUGCCAUCUCCCCUCGCCACCGCUGCUCCCUCCCUCCCCCGCGUCACUCGCUCCUUCGGCUCCCACUCAAACGCGUCGCGCACUCGCCCUCGUCCCGCCCCCGCCCCCCGCCUACACUACCCCGCCCCCACCUCGCCCUAG